AUCAUAAACACAAUCAACUUCUCUAUUUCCCUCCAAUUUGUGUCAAAAAGCAAAGCAAAAAGAAAUGGAGAUCUCAAAGCUUUCAACCUUUGUUGUGUUCAUGGUUUUAGCCAUGGCUCAUUCUUCACUUGCCCAAAACUCGCCCAAGGAUAUCGUUUUAGCCCACAACAACGCCCGCGCACAAGUUGGUGUCCCACUCCCACCACUAACAUGGAACGACACAGUUGCUGCCUAUGCCAAUCAAUAUGCAUCCACCAGAUUAGCUGAAUGCACCUUGGUGCAUUCAGAUUCACCCUAUGGUGAAAAUCUUGCCAUGGGCUAUGGCGACUUUUCGGCUGUCGAGGCCGUUAACAUGUGGGUCGGAGAGAAACCAAACUACGACUAUGACUCCAACUCUUGCAAACAAGAUAUGUGUGGCCAUUAUACUCAGGUGAUCUGGAAAAACACCCUUCAAGUUGGAUGUGCAAGACUGAAAUGUGAUAAUGGUGAAGCCUGGUUUGUGUCAUGCAACUAUUAUCCCCCUGGGAAUUACAUCGGAGAGAAACCUUAUUGAUUAAUUAAUUAAUUGUGAUGCAUGGUUACAAUAAUUUUAUAGUAAUUGCAUUACUUUCAUCCCAUGUUAGUCAAGUACGUAUAAUAUAGGUUCCAAUUUCGGCUUGUAAUAUGGGAAGUUGUCCUUACCUGCCCUGAGACAAAAUGGAAUUUAAAUAAUAAAUUAAAGACUAAUUUUGGAUCAA